UGACGCUUGGAAUCUGCAGUUCAUUUCUCUUUCCAAGAAAUAGAAUGAAAAGUUUAUUCCUUUUUCUUCCACUUUCUCCCCCCAAAGGCCGCAACUUUUUGAUCUUCCUAAAGCCGACGGCGUCCGCUCAGGACAACUUGCAGCCCAUCGCCACGGGUUUUCUCUGAAGGAAUCCAAUUCCUCUAUCAAUCCUCGCCCGGAAUGCCAUCCCUUCCUGCUUCAAACACCUUCCCCCCCCAUUUUUAACCCACUUAACUUCAUCACAUAAUCCACCAUUUCUUGUAAGCGGAAGAAUGGCGAAAAGACUAGGCAACGGCCCGCUGCUGCUGUUUUUAUCAAUUGCUGCGCUUCAAAUGAGGAGAGGGGAAGCUUUGGGUAGCAAUUGGGGGACGCAGUCGUCGCAUCCCCUUCCGGCCGACAUCGUUGUGCGGCUGCUUAAAGACAAUGGAUUCGAUAAGGUGAAGCUGUUUGAGGCAGAUCCCUUUGCUCUUCAGGCCCUCGGUCGCUCUAAUAUUCAGGUCAUGAUCGGGAUCCCUAACGAGUUGCUCGCGCCGCUCGCCGCGAGCGUUCGGGCUGCGGAGCAAUGGGUGUUGCAGAACGUGUCCAAAUAUAUAUCCAAGAAUGGUGUCGAUAUCAGGUACGUGGCGGUAGGCAACGAGCCAUUCCUCAAAACCUACAUGGGCAUGUUCCAACAAACCACCUUCCUGGCCCUCCAGAACAUCCAGGCCGCUCUUAUCAAAGCCGGGCUCGGCCGCCAAGUGAAAGCCACCAUCCCCCUCAACGCCGACGUCUACCAAUCCUCCAACGGCCUCCCAUCCGGAGGCGACUUCCGCCACGACAUCCACGACGUAAUGCUCUCCAUCAUCCGCUUCCUACGCGACAACGCCUCCCCGCUCACCAUCAACAUCUACCCCUUCCUCAGCCUCUACGCCGACCCCCACUUCCCGGUCGACUACGCCUUCUUCAACGGCGCCGCUAAGCCCCUAGUCGACGGCCCCAUCACAUACACCAACGUCUUCGAUGCUAACUACGAUACGCUGAUUUGGGCGUUGGAGCGCAAUGGGUUCUCGGACAUGCCUGUCAUAGUUGGGGAGAUUGGGUGGCCAACCGAUGGUGAUCCUAAUGCUAAUCUGGACAACGCGAGGCGGUUCAACCAGGGACUGUUGGAUCGCAUCGCAAAGCGCAUGGGAACGCCAAAGCGGCCCGCGCCGCCUGACAUUUAUGUAUUCGCGCUUAUUGAUGAGGAUGCCAAGAGUGUGCAGCCGGGAAACUUUGAGAGGCAUUGGGGCCUGUUCUACUAUGAUGGUUCGGUGAAGUAUCCGCUUGUGCUUGCUGAUGGGAGCAGCCUUGUGCCUGCCAAGGGAGUCAGGUACAUGGAGCCGCAGUGGUGCGUGAUGUCACGGGAGGCGAGCUUGACGGAUCCGCAGCUAGAAGGAAGCGUGGCAUACGCGUGCGAGUACGCGGACUGCACGAGCCUCGGACGGGGAUCUUCGUGCGGGGAUCUCGACGCGCGGGGGAACGUUUCCUAUGCCAUGAACCAAUUUUAUCAGACGGCGGAUCAGCAGAAGGGGGCAUGCGAGUUCGGGAAUCUUUCGGUAAUUACGCGCUCGGAUCCGUCUCAGGGAGCGUGCAGAUUCGAGAUCAUGAUCGAUGUUGGUCGGCACGACAAGUCUGUUAAUUCCAGCGCUGGUGAUGCAGUUGGGGCCGUUCGGGGUGUGGCUGCUGCGGUUGCGGCGGUGGCCGUUGUGAUGUGGAGUGGUUCAUAAUUAAGUUUUAAAGUGCUCUGUUCAUGAAAAAAAGUAUUUCAUAUUGUCGAUCUUUACCGUCCGUCACAACAAAGAUGUAUGACUAAGCCCUACUUUGAUUUUUUGAAAAAAAAAUUGCUUGACGGAGACAGUAUAUCUCUGCAUAUGGUGUCCGUAUGGAAUAAUUUUUCAUGUUCAUGUAUUGGAUGGCUGGUUGUUUAAAUGGCUUUACUUUUUUUUUCGGGUGAAGAUGAUAGAGAUGUUUAUAAUUUGGAUAGGGUUUAGGUUGGGUAAAGUUUAACAAAAACUUCACACAUUUUUUUUUUUUUUUUUUUAUGUGUGGUUGGUCUUAAGAUGAAAAAAAGGG